GGCCCAGGUAGAUAAGAGCCCUCUUUCAAAAAUGUCGGGUUUCAUUCGUUUUAGGGUUUUUGAUUUUCAUCUUCAAUUCUCUCUCAAAUUUCUUCUACACAAAGCAGACAACUAUGGCGAAGAACAGAAACAAGAAGAAGAAUUCCGAUCAAGCUCCUAUGGAUACUACUGAGCGCACCAUCUCUAAUUUACCCCAAGCCAUGGAUACAUCAGAAUCAGUAGCAGGGGGCUCCAAUUCCAAUUCUCUGACCAGGAAAGUAAAGAAGGGGGUUCAAAUGAAGAGGUCAAGGAAUGUGAGAAAGAAGAAAGCCAUUGCAAAAGCUAUUUCAAAGGACGAGAAAUGCUCAGAAAAAGUCUUGAAACUGGAAACAAAGAAAGUGAGAGUUCAUUCUGCGAAAUCCUUGUAUGAUUGAUUUGUCUGAUACAUAGAUCUCGUAACAAAAGGGCGAGCUUGAAAUGCAGCAUUCCUUCUCUUUUUGCCACUUUCAAAAAUUUCAGUAUCAUCAAUCUUGGGCAGCCGGCUUUGUAGUAUAUGCGGAGUUCCUUGUGCUGGACAGGCGUAAGAACCUCAAUUUUGCUUAGACCUUAGGUGCCAUUCACUGUACAGAUUCGUUAUCGCAUAAUUUUGUUACAAAAUUUGAAUUUGUUUCUUAAAGGAUAAUGUAUGUAAUCUUUAGAUUAUAUGGUUUUGUUGCUCUAUUAUCUUUCUAUCACACACAUGUUGCCCUGUUCGAGUAGCUUGUCUGUGUUCUGAAUAUUGGUGUAAAUGUCACUUUCUUGGUUUGUUGUUUCUUUGUACUCCAUGCAAGGGAAAUAUGAACGUGUGAUCCUGUUUAA